UUCUAUCUUCACUACAAUUCAACCAAACGAAAACAAAGAUACAAACGUUUUUGAAAAUGGGGUUUUCUUCUUUUUCCUCAAGGCUUCCAAGUUUGUACUUGGUGGUCAUAUUUCUAAUUGGUAGUUCACUUGUUUCAGCUAACUUCUAUGAUGAGUUCGAUAUCACUUGGGGUGAUGGCCGUGGUAAGAUAAUUAACGGUGACCUUUUAACGCUCUCCCUCGAUAAAACAUCUGGCUCGGGAUUUGAAUCAAGAAAUGAGUACAUGUAUGGCAAAAUCGAUAUGCAACUCAAGCUUGUGCCCGGUAACUCUGCUGGCACUGUCACUGCGUACUACUUGUCUUCAAAAGGAUCAAACUGGGAUGAGAUAGAUUUCGAGUUCUUGGGUAAUUUAAGCGGUGAUCCUUACACUCUACAUACAAAUGUGUUUAGCCAAGGCAAAGGCAACAGAGAGCAACAAUUCCACCUAUGGUUCGACCCAACUGCUGACUUCCAUACCUAUUCCAUCUUAUGGAACCCUAAACACAUUGUAUUUUCAGUAGAUGGAACUCCCAUUAGAGAGUUUAAGAACGCCGAAUCAAUUGGAGUACCAUUUCCAAAAGACCAGCCGAUGAGGAUACACUCUAGCUUAUGGAACGCUGACGAUUGGGCAACCAGAGGUGGGCUUGUGAAGACCGACUGGACCCAAGCUCCUUUCACUGCUUCCUACAGAAACUUCAAGGCCGACGCUUGUGUUGUAACUUCUGGGAAAUCGUCUUGCAGUGGUUCUGCAUCUUCCGGCAGCAACCCUGGAUGGCUGUCUGAGGAUUUGGAUAAUACAAAGCAGGAAAGACUGAGAUGGGCUCAAAAGAAUUACAUGAUCUACAACUACUGUUCAGAUUCCAAGAGGUUUCCUCAAGGGUUUCCACCUGAAUGCAGCAUGGCAUAAGGAGUGUUGAAUUAUUAAUAUAUCACAUACUCAGAAUAUAUUCAUUUUGUGUAAUGAAGGAUAAUAUGUUAUAUGUUUGAAAGUUAUACCAUCUAAAGUUUUUUAAUUUAUUGUAUGUUAACAACGAAUAAAUAGACGAUCUUUUGGAUUUGCAA